CAAUAAUUUCCAGCCUUAUCUACUGGCUUGAGCGCAUGGUCGGCAGAGGAAUAGCUUUCUUUUUUCGCCAUGGCUGCCUCCUCUUCUGUACAUCAAGUUCAUAUCCUUUCUUGCUAUUGCCAGACCUCGGAUCCAUUUCUACCUCCUUGUAAUGUAUACUUAAGGCUAAAGCCAGCAAGAAGAAGAUUGGUGGGUUUCCCCUUGAAGGCUAAUUUCUGGGAUUCCAUCAGAUCUGGUAUCUUGAAGAAUAACAACAAAUCAGAAGUUAUCGAACCGUCAACAGUAUUAGAAGAGGAAGAACCUUUGCCAGAAGAUACUGUGCUCCUAGAAAAUCCACAGCCUGAUGGAACAGUUGAGCAGAUAAUAUUUUCUUCAGCUGGUGAUGUUGAUGUCUACGAUCUUCAAGCUUUAUGUGAUAAGGUAGGAUGGCCUCGGAGACCACUAUCAAAAGUAGCAGCAUCGCUAAGAAACAGCUACAUGGUUGCCACUAUACAUUCAGUCUUGAAAUCUCCGGAUGCAGAAGGGAAUGAUCGAAAGCAACUUAUAGGCAUGGCUCGUGCUACAUCUGAUCAUGCCUUCAACGCCACCAUCUGGGAUGUUCUCGUUGAUCCUUCGUAUCAGGGUCAAGGUCUAGGGAAAGCUCUUGUUGAACAACUAAUACGUAGAUUGCUACGAAGGGAUAUCGGCAACAUUACAUUAUUUGCUGAUAGUAAAGUUGUGGAUUUCUACAAGAACUUGGGGUUCGAAGCUGAUCCAGAGGGUAUCAAGGGCAUGUUCUGGUACCCGAGAUAUUAAAAAUCUCGGCUUUACCUUGUUGUUAAAUUUCAUAAUUAUACGCCAUGCUUUGUUGUCUCCCAAAUUAUGGGUUUACUGUGGCUUUGUAUAUUUUCAGCAACUUUCAAGCUCGGUUUCGAGCUCUGAUAAUGUGAGACGUCGGUUUAAUUGUGAUUUUGUUACCAGUAUAGAAAACUGAAUCAAUUUAGUGUUGGUAGGGAUCUUUUGCUUCUUUUGUA